GGUCCCUUCCGGGUCGGAGGGCGGCCGUUGCCAUCACGCGCCGCGCGGCUUCCGGCGGGAGGAGGAUGGACGCGGACGGGCUGCCGCUGGUCGGCUCCGGCAUCGACCUGACCCGGGUCCCAGCCAUUCAGCAGAAGAGGACAGUAGCGUUCCUUAAUCAAUUUAUUGCACACACUGUUCAGUUUUUGAAUCGUUUCUCAACAGUUUGCGAAGAGAAACUGGCAACACUUUCCCUUCGGAUUCAGCAGAUUGAAACAACGCUGAAUAUUUUGGAGGCAAAGCUUUCAUCAAUACCUGGCCUGGAAGACGUUACACUAGAGCCAUCAAUCCAGAGUCACAAUGUUUCAAAUGGCCCUAAUUCCAACCAGAACCAUCCGUCUCCAACACAGGACCAACAAAAUGUUGAAUCGUCAAUUCAAAUCAAAGCAGAUUCACCAACAGAAAAUGCUAUUACUGUAGCCAAAGACCCUCGAUAUGCAAGAUACCUGAAGAUGGUGCAAGUGGGGGUUCCUGUAAUGGCCAUUAGGAACAAGAUGAUUUCUGAAGGACUCAACCCUCAACUAUUGGAGACCCCAAAUGCCCUGGUCCCAGACGGGGUUAAGGAGGAUGAUGGGGACAGUUCUGGCAGUGAAUCGUCAUUCAGUGACUGAGAGCUGACAGGGGAAAUUUUGGUUCUGAAACUGGAGCACGUGGAGAGCUGAGUUUGCAGGUUAUUUAUUUAAUGGAGAAGGAUUGAGCUUGGAUUAUAUGUGCCUCUUCUAUUGCUUGUUUGAAAGCAGCUUUAUUCUUGUUUGCAACUAUGUCACUGAUGCAGAUAGGUUCUAAAGCUGGAGAAACCCAUUGCCAGUGUAAAUCAAGUCUUGGUCUGUUCUACUUUGAUUUAUGUAUGAACAUAAUUCUACUGUAAUUUUAGUGCUCUUUUGCACUGUGCAUCUACACAGUUCAGAGCACAGGGGAAUGUUAUUUCUAAUCUCCCUGGCGUUAUAUUAGUUCACGGGUCAUGUGCAUAUUUAUCUUGGGGGAAUAAAUAAACACCCUGCCAGAUAAAUACAAUCCUUUGUUCAAUAUUUUUGAGCAUCAAAGUGGGUAAACGUGAAAACAUUGCUUGUCUUUUGAUCAAAUCUCACAUUCUUGGCAUUUAAGGAAGGGGCUUUUAAACAGGAUUAUGGAUAUGGAGGGAUAUGGAUCACGUGCAGGCAAAGGAGAUUAGUUUAUCUUGGCAUCAUGUACAGCAGAGAGAUUGUUGGCCAAAAAGCCUGUCCCUGUGUUGCACUGUCCUUUUCUAUGUAUUCUGCAGCAGUUCAAGUAGCUGUUGAAGAGUACGUUUCCUUGACCCAAGUUAUUUCAGGACAAGUGUACAGCCAAGUGUGCACCUCGUCACCAGACUGCUCCAUAACGAAUGCUGGAAUAGAACUGGUUCCUCGUGUGUCAAGAACGUUUACUUUUCAUAUCGUAGAAACGGUAGAACAAUGAAAUUCUCACACAGCAGCUUAACAGGCCCAUAAACACAUUAACACACAGAUAAUAUAUAAUGGUCAAAAAUGCAAUAUGGGCAGCUGGUAGAGCUGCUGCCUCAUAGCGCCAGAGAGCUGGAUUCGAUCCUGACCUUGGGUGCUGUCUGUGUGGAGUUUGUAUGUACUCUCUGUUUUCUCCAGGUGCUCCGUAUUCUUCCCACACCCCACGGACUUGUGGGUUUGUAGGUUAAUUGGCCUUUGUAAAUUACCCCUAGUUUGUAGGGAAUGGAUGAGAAAGCUGGAUAUCCUAGAACCAGUGUGAACGGGUGAUCGAUGGUCGGCAUAGACUCAUUGGACCUGUUUCCAUGCUGUAUCUCUAAACUAAACAAAAUAAUUUAAUAACCAUAAUAGUGCAACCAAACACACAAUCCAUAGAAGCUGAGGUUAGUGUUGUGCAGUGUUCAAGAGCAUUUUGGUUGCCGGGAAGAAACUGUUGAACCUGGUGGCACCGUUCUCAGGCUCCAUAUAAACAGUGGGUGCGGAUUGAACAGGACGGAUCGGAUGCUCAGCUUUCGGUGAUGCCCCCAAGGCCACACAGGUUUUCAGUCUGAGGAAGGGUCCCAACCCGAAAUGGCACCUAUCCAUGCUCUCCAGAGAUGCUGCCUGACCUGUUGAGUUACUCCAGCACUUUGUGUCUUUCUGUGUGUUUCUGCACCAUUCCGUGUUUUCAAAGUAACAUUGCCAAGCUCGAGGUUAAUGCCAUUCCUCAAAACUGGCGCGAUUCUGAAUGUAGUCUCGUUCAUGUUUAUGAUGGGAGGAGAUUCUACAUUGGGAUGCCUACCUAAAUCAAGCAAUUUUUAACAUAAAGGUGCAACUUAAUACUGCUUGAAAGUGAAACCUUUGCUUUAAAAAGAGGUACACUUGAAUCUUUAAUAUCACACAGUUUAAAGUCUUUGAUUCGAUUGAUGUGUCUGCCAUCAGCAUUUACUACCCACUAUCAAACACUCUACCUGUUUUCUUUCACAAAACUAUGAAAAUGACAAGUGUGUUUUGAAAUCAAUUCCAAAUUCAUCUUUACGUUAAGAGGCUGGGGUUUGAGCCAGACUUUAUCUUGAUGCCUGGCUUUAACACUGAGAGAAAUCCCUUAUAUAAAUGCCGCAAUUAUUAAAAACUCCAGCUGUAUAUUUAACAAGGAAAAUCUACCAGUACUCAGAACAGUAGCCAGCUGUUUCAAAAGGAGCAGUCCUUCCAACUUAAUAUUCACCGUUCAUCCGCUUCUCAUGGUUUGGGCGACACAGUGGUGCUGCCUCACUUCACCAGAGACCCCGGGAUCGAUCCUGACCUUCGGGUGCUGUCUGUAUGGAGUUUGCAUGUUCUCCCUGCGUCCCUGUGGGGUUUCUUCAGGUGCUUUGGUUUCCUCCCAAAUCGCAAAGACGUGCAGGUAACAUUGAACUAGUAAGAAUGGUUGAUUGGUGGUUGGCAUGAGCUCAGUGGGCCGAAGGGCCUGCUUCCUUGUUAUAUCUUCCAUUUGAUGUUGCAUCAUUUCAAAGAAUGUGUUGAGGGAAAGGUAUUGUAAUUUGUCCAGGGGUUCUGAAACCCUCUAGAUAA